UACGAGAGCGAAAGGAAGGCGGUUUCUUUGGGGGAAAGGGGGACGGAUCGAUCGAUCUAAACGUUCUCGAUUUGAUCGGAAUCCGCCGGGAUUUGCUGCGAACAUAGAUCGCGCACGAAAUUCGAAGAAGUGGCAGCCAAGGGUUCUCGAAUCAGUCUCCAAGAUGGGCUUCGUCGAGGAUUUCCAAGCUAGUAUUGAGUCUGUGCCAGCCAUGCUGCAGCGCAAUUAUUCUCUGAUGCGGGAUCUAGAUAAAAGUCUAUUAGGAGUUCGGCAGCAAAAUGAGCAGCGCUGUGAGCAAGAAAUAGAGGAUAUCAAGCGGGGGAUAGAAUCUGGUAGCAUUACACCUGAUGCAUCACUCAUUAGAUUCUCUGAUGAGGCACUUGAUGAACAGAAGCAUUGCAUUAGGAUUGCUGAUGAAAAGGUGACCUUGGCCGUUCAAGCAUAUGACAUGGUGGAUGCACAUAUCCAACAACUUGAUCAAUAUAUGAGAAAGCUUGAAGAACUGCGGCAAGAGCGGGAACUUGCAGCUGGUGCUGAUAAUGCUGCGGGUGUGUCCAACACUGAUCCUAACACAAGGUCUGGAAGGGCUACUGAAAGUGGCAGAGGGGGCCGUAAAAAAUCACGGUUAGCAGCAGAACCACCAGGUGUCGAACUGGAAUUGCCUGUGGAUCCAAAUGAACCUACUUACUGCAUCUGCAACCAAGUUAGCUUUGGGAAGAUGGUUGCCUGCGACAAUGCCAAUUGCAAGAUAGAGUGGUUCCAUUUUGACUGUGUUGGUCUGAAAGAACAACCCAAAGGCAAAUGGUACUGCCCUAAUUGCAUUGGCAUGCAGAAGCGUCGAAAAGGUAAAUGAAUGGUGGUCGGUUUCAAACCUUUGAAGCCCCUAAAAGGACAUGAAUGCAUGCUGUAGAAUACAGGAGGACGAUGCCUCCCCUUAAUUCUAAUGUUGUGCUUCCAAACUGCUUUGGCACGUCGACCAUGCAUCUCUCCUUGUAACCAUAAGGUUAUCAUCCUUUAAUCAAAUUAUAGCUUCAAUUUUUAAUUUAGAUCCAUGCGGUUCUCUCCAUAAACUUUGAAAUUGUGCAUUAGGGUUUGGUAAAUAGGACGUAUGUUUUCGAGCAGCUGAAUUUGAUCCACUGCUGGUGUUGGUUUUAUUUGGAAAUGGCAGCCGUGUAUUGAUUUGUGUUUUGCUGUAAGAAGAUGGUCAACUUACGCUGUUUACCUUGUCUCUGGGUAACGAUGUUUUAUUCAUUUCAGAAACCAUUAUUAGUUUGAA